CAAUUAGCCCCCAAAGAUUCACCGAUACACUUUAUCUGUGAAACAGACCUACUACGUGAUGUACUAUGCAAAGACCUAGGAGCGUCCGAGGACCUAGACUGGCUAGGGUUUAGGAACCGCCGCCCCCUUCGCACUCUAGUCAAUAUCCUCCGACAACGAUGUGCCACUACAUCAUUCAGGAAAGCAGACUCCAGUGAUGAAUGGAAAUCGAUAGUGCUUGGACGCAGCCUAACAAUGAAGUUAGCCAUCGAGCACGGAGCGAUAACUGUUCAAGCCCAAGCGAACCCUGACUUCAACCUAUCGGGAGCGAGACUAUCGAAACUAUCGCAAAGGACAGCAUACCGCUUGAUCAGACGGAAUAGAGCAACAGCAACCCGCACAGCAACGGAACGAAUAACGCUGACAACGCUCGAACACAUCAACAAACUCCAGAAAUCGGCAUAUCAAAUGUCUGACCUUUGGAGAAGCAUUCGACGAAGUGACAUACGCCGCCCAGUAUCUGACUUCCUCUGGAAGUGUUUGCACAAUGCAUAUAGAUGCGGCCACUUCUGGGCUCGAAUCCCGAACUAUGAAGACAGAGCCACCUGCACUACCUGCGGAGUUGAAGACUCCAUGCAACACAUACUAUCGGAAUGCCGGGCGCCCGGACAGAGAGAAGCCUGGAAACUCACUGGACAACUAUGGAGACGAAAGCAAGCAGUAUGGACAAAGCCCAAGCUUGAAGAUAUUCUGAGCCUAGGACUGAGACAUUGGACAUCGACAAACGACAAGAAAAGACCCUUCGUUGAACGGAUGUGGCGCAUCAUGAUAUCUGAGGUAGCUUACCUGAUAUGGUGCCUCAGAUGCGAACGAACCAUUGGCCACGCAGACGACCCCUCCUGGAACCACUCUCCGAAAACGAUAGCAGCGAGGUGGGAAGCCAUGAUGAACAGGCGCCUGCAUCUUGAUGCAGCUAUGUCACACAGACGCUUCGGCCGACUAGCGUUACAGAAGAAGGUAGUACUGAACACAUGGUGUGGAACCUUGAGAGACGAACAAGCACUACCGGAUGAUUGGACAGUGAUUAAUAGGGUUUUAGUGGGUAUUAAUCCAAGUAAACACGAACGGUUACCUGGAUAAUUGAGUCCCACACUGACCUAGUAUGGUCGUGCGUAAUUGCAUUUUACCCUGGAAAGCAAACAACGCGGGGGAACCCGCUGGCUGGCUGGGGCUCGGGGCUGACCAAUAGUCAGUUGCCGCUCCCCACUAAGAGCCCUCCAAAAAAAA